AUGUCUACAUUUGUAAACUCCCUCUUGUCCGCUGGACAGCUGGCAGAUGUCGUAAACCGCUCUUAUCGUGGUCUCCCAAUCAGUCAAGACGGUCUCUCAGACGAACAGGCUGCUCCCGCGACGGAAAACAAGCGCGAACAAGAGGCCUGGUUGUUGCACGCCGCCAAAGGACUCGAUGCUCAGAUCAGACGAGGACUUCCGCUCUCGCCAAGCGCAAUUCCGUCGUUUAUUGAUGCCUUUUUGCAUGCUCAGACAUCGACCGGAAUCGAUGACCGCAAACUGCUUUUGGAAAACGUUCUCGCGUUCAUGUCCCGUCUUCCUCCUGGCCCAAUCCAGAGCAAGGUCCAAGACGCAGUCAUUCAACUCUUUUGGGACGCACUCCCACACCCGCCGAACAGCUUUCUCCCAAGUAUGCAGGUCGAACCAGAGAAUGUCACCGAGAUCAACGGCGUUCGCAUUGGCCCUGGAGGGUAUGCCAACGUAAGCCGAAGAAGGAUUGGCCGCACUCAAGUUCCUCCAAAUUCCAAACCUGGAGCCAGCGCAUCCACCACCCUUCCCGUCCCAGCUGCUCCCGCUCCGGUGCAGCAACUUCCCACGCCGGCUCCUUCUGGCUUUGUCAAUGGACCCGCAAAGCCUGCAAACGGUUCGACUGCUCCAGUCGACCCAACUCAGACCAUCUCUCUUUCACCAGAAAAUCGUAUCCCGACAAAGGCCUAUUCAAGCCAGUUCCGUACGCCCUCUGGAGCGCAGAAUAAUCUCAUCCUACCCCUCCUUGGUGCUGCAGGAAGUCCCUAUGCACGCUCCGUCGUCCCUCAGCAUCCAGUUCCUCAUACGAUUCUCCCCGACCCAGGUCUCGUCUUUGACUUGCUCAUGCGUCGAAGGGAUCCUCCCUCGGCUGCCGUCAAGCCCGCUCCAGGAAAGCCGUCCAGGGAUUAUGACCCGCGCGUCGAAGCGCAAUUCCGCUCUCAGGGACACGGCCAGCGCCAUCCAAGCGGGUUGAGCACCAUGUUGUUCGCGUUUGGUGAUUUGAUCAUCCACUCGCUGUUCCGCACUAGCAGCGACGACCCGAAUGUCAACCUCACCAGCAGCUAUCUCGAUCUUAGCGUGCUCUAUGGUGUUGACGAGGCGGAGAUGCAGACCGUGAGGCGAUAUGAUGGUACCGGUCGUAUCUGGGAGGACUGCUGGGCAGACCCACGUCUUUUUGGUAUGCCUCCUGCCGUCUUGGCCGUCUUGAUCGUCUUUUCAAGGAACCACAACUACGUUGCACUGAGACUGCUCGAGAUCAACGAGGCACGUCAGUAUACUUCACCGAGCAUAUCACCACCAAAGUCGAAUCACGUUGGUGCCGACCAAAUCUUCCCCACGCUCUCGGGUGAUCCAGACAAACUGCGCGCGCAAGACGAUGACAUUUUCAACCGUGCAAGAUUGAUCAACUGUGCAUUCUUCAUGAACGUUAUUCUUGGCGAUUAUCUCUCCGGUAUCCUCGGUACCUUCCGCGAGGCGAGCGAAUGGUGCCUCAACCCACUCGAGGAGAUUCGCAAGGGUGGGAAGACGGCUUGUCCUCGUGCAGAGGGCAACUGCGUCAGCGUCGAAUUUAACCUUCUCUAUCGCUGGCAUGCUACCAUGUCCCACAAGGACGUCGAUUGGCUUGAGAUGCUAGUCAAAAAGGCACUUCCUGGCGAGGCUCGUAUCCAAUCUGCACCCCCCGGUCAACUUGAAUUGUCAGAGGAUGAUUACAAGGCCGUUGCAGGCAUGUUUGCCAAAUUCCAAGCGGGAGCUGUUCGCGAUCGCGUAUUCGGAGGAUUGAAGCGUACGCCCGAAGGUGGCUUCGCGGACUCUGACCUCGCGCGUAUCCUCCACGAAGCGACGGAUACGGUUGCUUGUGCGUAUGGUGCCAGGGGUAUCCCAUCCGUCAUGAAGGCUAUCGAGGUCAUGGGUAUCAAGCAAGGUCGCAAGUGGGGUGUCUGCUCUCUCAACGAGUUCCGCAAAUUUGUGGGACUCAAGCAAUACGAGAGCUUUGAAGAGUGGAACCCGACGGGCGAUAUCGCUAAAGUCGCUAGGAAUCUUUAUCAGCACAUUGACAACCUGGAACUCUAUGUCGGUUUGAUGUGCGAGGAAUCAAAGAAUCCUGGUCCAGGUGCUGGUCUUUGCCCUGGGUACACCAUUUCCCGUGCCAUCCUAGCAGAUGCAGUUUGCUUGACGCGAGGAGAUCGAUUCUUGACCACUGAUCUUACGCCGUUCAAUUUGACAUCAUGGGGCUUCCAGGAUUGCGCUCGAGAUACGAAGAAUGGAUCCCUUGGAGGCAUGUUCAGCAAGCUUCUCUUCCGUACUCUCCCGGAUCACUAUCCGGCUAGCUCCAUCUACGCACACUUCCCCUUCUUUACACCACCGGAGAUGAAACACUGGCUUACAGAGAUGAAGUUGAUCCAGAACUAUAACGUCGACAGGCCCUCUAGCGAUCCCGUUCGCCCCACGCAGUCGAUCAACUCUGCCCAGGGCAUCGACCGUGUGCUCAAGGACAUGUCAACGUUCAACACAGUCUACGGGGACAGUAUUCGCUACCUUAGCAACGGCUACGGAUUCUUCCUUGCGUUUGACGAGGAGCCCAAGCAUCGUGAUGCUCGUCGUUUGAUGCACGCUGCGCUUUAUCGCGAUGGUGCGAUGAAGAAAUAUGCCGAGUUUUACCAGAGAGAGGCGACUCGUCUCAUCAGGUUGAGGUCGUUUGAGACUGGGCCCAAGUCGAGAGGCGUGAAUAUUGUUCGUGAUGUGAUCAAUAUCGUCCCUGUGCACUGGGUGUCCGAGGAACUCGCCGGACUUCCUCUCAAGUCGGAGGAAGCUCCACGGGGUCUGUUCACGGAGCAAGAGAUGUAUGGCAUGUUUGCCUGCGUUUUCACGUUCAUUUUCUUGAACAUUGAGCCGUCCAACGAUUGGCCACUUCGCCAGAAUUCCCUCAAGUUUUCCGAGAUUAUCACUGGAUUCGUCAAAGCGCGUCUGCAAAAGAUUGCUGGAGAGGGCUCUUUGGGAUUAAAGGACACGGUUCUCCAGUUCUUCACGGACAAAGUCGACAAUAGUGACGAGUUUUAUCGCACAAUCCUCAACGGAAACAACGGCAAGUAUACCAUUGAUCAGUUGGCUUCCAAUGUCUUUGCCAUGAUCGUCGCCAGCGUUGCCAACUUUGCUCAGGCGACCACCCACGUUGUGGACUUCUACUUGGACAAGGAGAGGGAGGAAGAGUUCAAGCAUCUCAAGGAUCUCUCCAUGGACAAGACUGCCGAGGCGGAUGCUCUUCUCGCUGGUUAUGCUCGCGAGGGACUUCGCUUCCGGCCACAGGCACCUGGUAUCUUUAGACGUGCAACCAAGGACGUGACAGUGGUAGAAGGAAACGGCCUCAAGCCGGUUGAUAUCAAGGCUGGAGACCGCAUCUUUGUCAGCCUUACGCAUGCGGGCAUGGAUCCAAGCGUCUUCCCUGAUCCGACCAAGGUUGAUCCUAGACGCCCGAGGGAAGCAUACUACGCGUUUGGUCGUGGGGAGCAUACUUGCCUCGGCGCCAUGUUCACCGAAACGAUGAUCCCCGCAGUGCUUCGUGCCGUCUUUAGUCUCCCCAACGUUCGCCGAGGACCGGGAUAUUCUGGAACGCUGAAUACGUUCAAACACGACCUGUUUGGAACGGAGAGCCAUCUGUACAUCUCGAACAAGGGCACUGUAAGUCCUUGGCCGGCGUUUAUGAUGAUCGAGUACGACGUCUAA